ACCACCAGCAGGAGGUCAAAAUUGACUCGCCUGGAAGCCGCCUACUUCCCCCUCUUUAUAUACUCUUCCACUUUCCCUGAUUCAUAACGUCUUCAUUUCAAUCUGUUUUGCCAAUCGGAAUUUUCCAGAUCUUUUCAUCUUCAUUGUUUCUCAUAAGAAUAGACAUGGCUGAUCAAUCGAAGCUAACAAGAGUUGGGCUUGCCGGUCUUGCUGUUAUGGGCCAAAACCUGGCCCUGAACAUUGCUGAAAAAGGGUUCCCAAUCUCUGUCUACAAUCGCAGUACAUCCAAAGUUGACGAAACCGUUGAGCGAGCUAAAAAGGAAGGCGAUCUCCCAGUUUUUGGCUUCCAUGAUCCCGAAUCUUUCGUUAACUCAAUUCAAAAACCCCGGGUGAUUAUCAUGCUCGUCAAAGCCGGUGCACCCGUUGACCAAACAAUCAAAACUUUAUCUCAAUACAUGGAGAAAGGUGAUUGCAUCAUUGAUGGUGGUAAUGAGUGGUAUGAAAACACCGAAAGAAGAGAAAAGGCCAUGGCUGAAUUAGGCCUUUUGUAUCUCGGGAUGGGUGUUUCUGGUGGUGAAGAAGGUGCGAGAAACGGGCCAUCCAUGAUGCCCGGUGGGUCUAUUGAGGCUUACAAGUACAUUGAGGACAUUGUUCUCAAAGUAGCCGCUCAAGUACCCGACAGUGGCCCAUGUGUGACAUAUAUCGGUGAAGGUGGUUCAGGCAACUUCGUCAAGAUGGUUCAUAACGGAAUCGAGUACGGUGACAUGCAACUAAUUUCAGAAGCUUAUGAUGUAUUAAAAUCCGUUGGAAAGCUUUCCAAUGAGGAACUACAUGAAGUCUUCUCAGAAUGGAACAAAGGAGAGCUUCAAAGCUUUUUAAUCGAGAUCACCGCUGACAUUUUCGGCAUCAAGGAUGAUAAGGGAGAUGGUUAUCUGGUUGACAAAGUGUUGGAUAAAACCGGCAUGAAAGGUACCGGUAAAUGGACCGUCCAACAAGCCGCCGAUCUGUCAAUUGCCGCUCCCACAAUCGCAGCAUCUUUAGACUCACGUUUUCUUAGUGGUUUAAAAGACGAACGUGUAGAAGCUGCAAAGGUAUUCAAAUCAGGCGGGUUUGACGAUAUUCUCGCAGAUCAACAGGUGGAUAAAGAAAAGUUGAUCAAUGACGUAAGGCAAGCUCUAUACGCAGCGAAAAUAUGCAGUUACGCACAAGGGAUGAACCUGAUACGCGCCAAGAGCAAUGAAAAGGGAUGGAACCUGAAACUCGGUGAGUUGGCUAGAAUCUGGAAAGGUGGGUGCAUCAUUCGAGCCAUAUUCUUGGACCGUAUCAAGCAGGCUUAUGACAGGAACCCUGAACUGGCUAACCUUUUGGUGGACCCCGAGUUUGCUAAGGAAAUGGUCGAGCGUCAAUCUGCUUGGAGAAGAGUUGUGUGUUUGGCUAUUAAUUCAGGUAUUAGCACUCCGGGUAUGUCUUCUAGCCUUGCUUAUUUCGAUACUUAUAGGAGGGAGAGGCUGCCUGCUAAUUUGGUUCAAGCUCAAAGAGAUUACUUUGGUGCUCAUACUUAUGAAAGGACCGAUAUGCCCGGUUCUUUCCACACCGAAUGGUUCAAACUCGCCAAACAGGCAAACAAUAGCCGUCUUUAGGUGAUGUCUGUCUUGUCCUUUUGAGAUCGAAAGUAUAAUAAAUGUCAUAUUUGAGAUUUGUAUUCUUGUCUAAUAUGUUGGAUGAGGGUUUUUGGUAAUUUGUUUUGUUGUUUUGUGUUCGAGCAGACGUUACUUCAUUUCGAAUUAUAAUAAUUUUAUCUUGUUACUAAAUCA